ACCACCAUUGCCCCAGCAUUUUGUAGGCACUUACAUUGAAGCUUGACGCUCUUUGCGCCGACGUCAUACAGAGCGCUACUGCAGCCUCUCGAUCCUGGGAACGCAGUCUUGGGCCAAGUUAGCAGGCGUUGAACCAAACAUGGCCUUACAAGCUGUCUACAAGCAGUUUCUAGCUGCACCCAACUCUUCUCUUCUCGCCAGCGACGCAGCGCUCCACUAUGUAACCACGACGACAAGCUACAGAGGCGCAACCGACAUCAUCAAGCAUCUCGCCGCCUUGCGCAAUCAGGUCAAGAAGAAGAAGGAAGAGUUCCUCACCGUAAUCGAAGGCCAGAACGCCGCUGCAAUCGAGGUCGACACCUCCCUGGAGUUUGUGACCAGCGGCGCCGCCUACCUGCCAGGCCUAGAUGACAAUUUUCUAGCAGACCGCACAGUCAUCCUGCCCAUCACACACAUUGUUACUUUCAAUGCCGAAGGCAAGGUCCAGCAAAUCCGCCAGAGCUGGGACCAGGCUUCACUUCUGAAGCAGCUGGAUAUUAUUGGCAAGUCGGGCCGCAACUGGCCCAUUCGCGACGCCAAGGAGCAAAUUAAGCUCAUCGAGUCUUCUUGGAAGGCCUCAAGUGAAGUAGCUGUUGCCUCAGACUCAGGUCUAGGUCCAGCCGCUCGUGCUCGCGGCAGCUCCAACGACGGUCCGCGCGAUCCCCGUUCCUCACUUGCAUUGUUUGCGCCACGUGAGGAGAUCGAGCAGCAAACCCUCGAGUCUGUCGUCUCCCCUAAGGGCGGAGCAAGACCUAGACAACGCGAUUUUACAGAAAUCUUGGGUGACGAGCCCGUCCAUGACCCCAACUCGCCCAGUAGCGGCCGCAACCGAUCCGAGUCACCGCAUAAGGCAUUUGCUCCUAAAUCAGGCGCUGGCAAGAACUUCCAAGCAAACCGUCUGUUUGACACCGAGGGCGACAUCGCUGAUGAACCUGAGGCGCCCGAGGGCAACUCCCCGGAUCGCUUCUAUCGCCCGAACCCCAACAAGUACAACCACUUCGAUUUCGCCGAUGGCUCUGAUCCCCAGGAUGCGCCCCAGGCCGCGGAUCCGACCUCGAAGAAGACCAAACACAACAGCCAGUGGAACUUUGAGGACUUCACGACUCCUGCCAAGGCCCGUCCCGGCAAGACGCUUCAGAAGGGCCAUCAGGAUGUGCGCCAUUGGGGAAAUGAAAACGACGAGGUCGAGCAGACUCCCAUUCGCAAACCUGCCAUAGUAAAGCCCCGUCGCGAUGCUGAGACACACUUCGACUUCGUUGAUGACGGUCUCCCCAAGGGAGAGCCGCGCGCAAACCGACCUCGGGGUGCCACUCACAACAAUGGACUAGGCUUGUACAAGAACAACGUCUACAGCGAAGAAGAAGAGGCCGAUGAUCCUGCAGCCGCUGUCCAGGACGCUCUUGGCAACGUCACCAACCUGAAGAGCCGGGGCAAGACUUUUGAAUCCCACUUCUCUAUGGCAGACAAAUCUCCAGCUCAAGUUCAGGAGAAACAUCACGUGGCCCAGGAUCGUCAGAAGGCCGUCAAGAUGAUGGACGCCAACUGGUCGUCAUACGACAAGUCCCCCGCUCAGAAAGAGAACCAGCCCGUCAAACCCAGGGCAAGUGGUAAGCCAAGUGACAAUCAAGGCAUUCACAUUGGGGGCGAUGGUAUGGGCGGUUCUAAGGGCACUAACAGAGACUGGCUGUUUGGUGGCGAUGACGAUGAGCUGCCUAAGAACCUACCGGGGAGAAAACAGAAUGCGGCCAAGCCUGGGGGCUUCGACUGGGAUUUCUAGAAGGAGCCAAGCGGACCUCUUUCGGCCAGGAAAAUGAGUCCUGCCAGAUCUGGAAAUUGUUACUGGGACGUGUUUCACAGUCCGCCAAAACCUUCCAACCUCCGUUGAGGACAACUCUCGCCACGAUUUGCUCUCCAUGACGUAUCUGUACAUCUUGACGCCGUCAACGACUUAUGAGUACCUUUUCCCAACAUGGCAUGCUGAUGGCCACGAGAUGUGUUGUCCGGAUCAGGAGUAUACGACAAGCAGAAUAUUGUUG